AAAUAUAAUAUGAUAGGUGUCAAGAUAUUAGUUAGUAUAUAAUGUGACAUAUCUUAGGUGGAAAUAUAUGAGGAGCACAUUCAAGUAACCACAUCAACCGCUAAUUUUGUUCUUUCAUUUCAUGUUUUAUUUUGUUUCACUCAAACCAUUCAAGCUCUUUCUUUUACAACAAUGGUGUUUUCUACUAUGUUUUCUUCCACUCUCAACCUUGCCAUUUCUUCAACUACCAACAGUAGCAGAAGAAGAGUAUCAAACACAAGUUCAAGAAGAGGAGUGAAUAGUAUGAGAAUCAGAGCUAGCUCCACAGAGAAAGGUGAAUCAAAAGAGAAAGAUCAAGAUGACAAAUCAUCAUUCAACCCUUUUGGUUUUGUUACUGAUAACCCUUCAAGCAGAAGUGCCAUUCAAUUGCCUGAAACUCCUGCUGAUGAUGGCAACGUUGGACAAAUGAUUGAUAGAAUACAAGACAAGGGCAAGGAAUACGGAUCAUACGUAAAAUCCGGGAAGUUGAGAUGGUUUGUGAGGGAAACUGGAUCAGCAAAAAGCAGACGAGGAACAAUUGUAUUCCUUCACGGUGCCCCGACGCAAUCUUUUAGCUACCGAGUUGUUAUGUCUCAGUUGUCAGAUUUAGGAUUCCACUGCUAUGCACCAGAUUGGAUAGGAUUUGGUUUCAGUGACAAGCCACAGCCAGGAUAUGGUUUUGAUUACACAGAAAAGGAGUUCCAUGAUGCAUUGGAUAAACUGCUUGAAGUGUUGGGGGUUGAAUCUCCAUUUUUCCUAGUUGUUCAGGGAUUCCUCGUAGGUUCAUAUGGACUAACAUGGGCCUUGAAGAAUUCAAGCAAGAUAUCAAAGCUAGCAAUACUAAACACUCCAUUAACAAGUUCAUCUCCUCUUCCUGGACUAUUUCAGCAGCUAAAGAUUCCUCUAUUCGGUGAAUUUCAAAGCCAGAAUGCUAUUAUUGCCGAGCGGUUUAUUGAAGCAGGUAGCCCUUAUGUUCUGAAAAAUGAAAAGGCUGAUGUUUACCGGCUACCUUAUUUGGCAAGCAGCGGACCUGGAUUCGCUAUACUUGCAGCUGCAAGAAAAGCUAACUUCAAAGGUACCUUCAAUGAAAUAGCAGAAGGAUUUGCAACUAACAGAUGGGACAAACCAAUAUUGCUUGCAUGGGGAUUAUCAGACAAGUACUUACCUCAGUCAGUGGCAGAAGAGUUUCAGAAUGGAAAUCCUCAAAACAUCAAGCUUAAAUUGAUAGAAGGAGCUGGACAUAUGCCUCAAGAGGAUUGGCCUGAGAAAGUUACCGAUGCUUUUAGAGUGUUCUUCUGAAUUCGAACCGGCAAUACUGAGUUUGUCCUCAAAUUGUAAAUUUAGUGUCUCAUAUUGUCCUAUGUUGUAUGUUCCUUUUGAAAAGAAAAAAAAAAGAAAAUGUAUAGAAAUGCUUUUGAAGUGAUCAAAUGAGAAGUAAUAAUGUUGCAAAUCAAA